AAAGCACUACGGUAGUGUGGUUCGCUAAACCGUAAACUCCUCCGUUCAGUGUUCUAAUAGUCCUUGCCGGGCCAGGGGAAGAAGGGUGCAGGAGAGAUCGGUUGUUGUAAUUGCUGUGGAACCCAGUGGACGUCUGUCCGCGCUGGUUCAGGCUCGAUUCUUGCCCUGGCCUAAACUGAUCUUUCUGAAAUAUCGGGCCGUGUGCGUGGAAGCGAAAACUCUAAAAAUUCUGCCAGUGCCAUAACUGACUAAGAACUUGUAAAAUUAAUAAUUGCUGAGGCGGCGGAUUAUCUUCAAUUCCAAGAUGAGCGAGGAGCACUCCAUCGCCGUUGCGAAAGCAUCGGUCAUGCUGUACGAUGAUCAGCAGAAGAAAUGGCUGCCUGCUGGUGGUGCCCAAGGCUUCUCCAAGAUUCACAUCUACGCGCAUGAUCGCAACAAUUUUUUCCGUGUUGUUGGCAGAAAGAUAAACGACCAUGAGGUCGUGAUCAACUGCUCUCUUACGAAGGGCAUGCGGUACAAUCAGGCAACACCAACAUUCCACCAGUGGCGAGAUUCCAAACAAGUGUAUGGCCUGAAUUUCCCCAACGCCGCCGAAGCAAAAGCUUUCGCUGACAGCGUUGGCGAGGUUUUUGCUCGUCUCGGUGGAGGUACUGUCAUGGCUCCAAAGGGUCAAGAAGCGGCACCGCAACCAGGACAAGCGCAGGCUGCGCAACAGCAGGCUGCGCAACAGCAGGCUGCGCAACAGCAGGCUGCGCAACAGCAGGCCGCACAACAGCAAGCACAACAGCGCAAACAGCAAGAGCUAGCUGAAGCUCAGCGUCAGCAAGAGCUACAACAACAACAACAAGAGCUCCAACGUCAGCAGGAAAUGCAGCGUCAGCAGGAGCUUCAACAUCAGCAGGAGAUAAAGCGGCAACAGGAGCUGCAAAGGCAGCAAGAAGAGGAACAGAGGCGAUUGGAGGAACAAAGAAGACAAGAAGAGCAGCGCCGAUUGGAGGAACAACGCCGGGUGGAGGAACAGCGCCGGGUAGAAGCUGAGAAACAGAGGAGAAUGGAGGAACAGCAGCGCGCUGAGGAACAAAGACGGCUCGAGGAGCAGCGGAGAAUCCAGGAAGAGCAGCGAAAACUGGAGGAGCAACAGCGGUUGCUUGCUAUGCGACAGGUAGAGGAAUCAGCUAAUAAUGCCAAUGCUCUUGACGGGCGAAAUUCACCGGCACCUGGCACACCAACGCUUGUACGAGCGGGCGAGUCACCAGAUGGUGCUGCCUUAUCUAAACAGAAGAAGAAAGCACCUCCGCCUAUGCCUCGAAAGGAGUCCGCACAAGUGCCGCAAGAACUCCACACUGUUGCCAACGUACCACCACCAGCGCCCUUGCCAGGAGCCCUAGCUGGUGCCCCGCCACCACCAGGCCCACCGCCAAGCCUGGCCAGCAAUGCCCCACCACCUCCACCCGGUGUUCUACCACCACAGGGGCCACCCCCACCAGGUGCACCCCCGCCACCGCCGGGACCUCCCCCGCCCGGGGGUGCACCACCUCCGCCCGGACCACCGCCACUGUCCAUGCAGGGUGGAGAUGGCCCGCCGGCUGGUGGUGGACUGGCCGGGGCUCUCUCCAACGUGAAGUUAAAGAAAUCGGCGCCAGCAGAGGCAACGGAACAACGUAAACCUAGUCUGCCCGUAGGUGGUGACAUGAUGAGUGAAAUGCAAAGAAAGUUGGCAGCAAGGAGACAAAAAGAAGCAGUUGAAAAGAAGGAUAGCGAUGAGCAUUCCAACGAAGGCACCCGCGAGCCAGAGCCUAAACCAGUAAAGGAACCUCCAACUACAUCGAUGAAGCCGCCUCGUGUAAAUCGUGACAUGCGCCAAAAUACUACACCACUUCCUGCUACCAAUUCAACGUCUGCUCCGCCAAAGUCGCCCAGCUUAUCUCGUCGCUCCAUGCUGGCGUCCGAAAGUAUAGACGGAGCGAUAGCGGGAUCUGGUGCAUCACCUGAGCAAUUGCAGAAACUAAAACAGGACAUUAUGAAUGAUGUUCGGAAAGAGCUGCAGAAUAUCAAGAGGGAAAUCCUAGAUGGUGUUCGCCUGGAGGUGAUGAAGCUGAAGAACCAAUGACGGAUCAGCAGCCACAUCCCUGCGCCACCCAAGACGUACUAGACGGCAGUCGGCGAAAAUGUCAUCAAACUGUUUCCACAACCAUUCCGGCCAAUGAUACCUGCAAAAACAGAACUGUGAGCUGAUAUGCUGCAUUUGUCAGGACCGUGCCUGCCUUGUGGAGAAAUUCAGCUAUGCCAUUGAAUCUGCUCCAGUCUACGAUCGACCCCUGGACCAGUCAUUCUCUCCGCCUUCGCUCCCCUGAUGGGUGAUGGUGGGCGUUGACCUGCAGCUCUCCGCCACACAACCAUGCACACACACACACACAUGAUCUACCGAUUCAUAGUUCUAAUCCUGAUGUGCCGAAAUGUUGUAUCCCUUGAUUUGUCGUAAGUUUCUAAUUGGCUGUUUUUGGCAUGCUUUGCUCACGUUCGAUUAGGGUUUUUCCAUUACUCUAUUCCGUCUUGUCUAUGCUGGGGUGGAUGCCACAUAGCUUCCAUACUGUCGACGCGCCUUAUUCAUUUUGUUGUUUCCUUUUUUUAUAUUUUUUUUCUUAAAGUCGGGAUAUAAUUUUUAACAAAAAGUAUCCCAUGUGGCUCGUGAAAUAGCAUUUGUAUGUUGACGCUUUGUGCACAGACUGCGUGUACGUGUUAGCAUGCUCCAGUGAGUUGUGAAGGCCAGCAAGCUGUUUCUAGUAAUGGCUACCGCCGCAUCAUUCAUCCUUAAUCCUAGGCCACUGCACAUGACUUGCACUUCAUUGUUCAUACCGGUAGAAAGAACCUUGAACGGUUGAUUCGA